AUGGCCCCCGAAAAGGACUUCCCCGCCACCUCCGGCCCCGCGCCGGGGCCACUGACCCCCGGACCCGAUGCGGACGUCGAGGCCGUCUCCUCCUCCUCACCCCGUGCCGGCGACGACGACGCCCUCGCCAUGGUCGGCACGCACACGCAACCCUACGACCCGGCCGUCGCCGCCCGCGCCGUCCGCAAGAUCGACUGGUUCCUCAUCCCGGCCAUGAUCGUGGGCUACGGCCUCGUCUACUACGACAAGGCGAUCCUCGGCUCCGCCGUGCUCUUCGGCAUGACCACCGACCUGCGCCUCUCCGUGCCCCUGCCGUCGGGCGGCGUCGACACCUCGCGCCUGUCCUGGGCCACGUCCCUCUUCUACUUUGGCAUGCUCGCCGGCCUGUACCCCAUGACCUACGCCCUGCAGCGCUUCGACAUCGGCCGCAUCCUCGGCGCCGUCGUCGUCUUCUGGUCCGGCAUCUGCAUGCUCACCGCCGCCGUCACCACCCACCGCGGCCUCUACGCGCAGCGCUUCUUCCUGGGCUUCGUCGAGAGCAUCAUCCCCACGGGCUUCAUGUGCAUCGUCUCGGGCUGCUACACCCAGGCCGAGCAGUCCCUCCGCCAGAGCUGGUGGUUCUCCUCGACGGGGCUCUUUACCAUCAUCGGCGGCGCCCUCAACUACGCCUUUGCCCAGAUCCGCGCCGGCGCCCUCCGCCCGUGGCAGUACAUCUACCUCCUCGCGGGCUGCCUCACGUUCCUCUUUGGCCUCUUCUGCUUCGCGCUGCCCAACUCGCCCGUCUCGGCGUGGUUCCUCACUGCCGAAGAGCGCUUCGCCGCCGUCGAGCGCCUGCGCCUCGGCCAGACCGGCGUCCGCUGCACAAAGUUCAAGCCCCACCAGCUCAAGGAAGCCCUCCUUGACGUCAAGGUCUGGCUCGUGGCGCUGAUGAUGGCCUCGGCCUACACCAUGAACGGCGCCGUCUCGGGCUUUGGGCCCCUGAUCGUCUCGACCUUCGGCUGGACUUCUCUCGAGUCCAUCCUCUUCCAGUUCCCCCUCGGCGGCAUCUGCUUCGUCGUCAUCCUGCUGACGGGCUACCUCGGCACGCGCUUCCGCAACGUCCGCAUCCUCAUGCUGGUGGCCUGCUGCCUGCCCGUCAUCGCGGGGUGCGCCCUCAUCUGGCGCUCCGAGUGGACGCACCACGCCGCGGCGCCGGUGGUGGGGUACUCUAUCACGGGCUUCUUCGGCGGCGUCGUCAGCCUCAUCAUCACGCUCGGCAUGUCCAACGUCGCGGGGCACACCAAGAAGAGCUUCAUGGCGGCGACCAUCUUCGUGGCCUACUGCGUCGGCAACAUCGUCGGGCCGCAGCUGGUCAAGUCCCAGAGCAAGGCGAGGCACUACCCGGAGCUGUGGCUGGGGCUCAUCAUCUGCUACGUCAUUUGCAUCCUCGCGUCGGGCGCGCUGUACUACGUCCUCUGGAGCGAGAACAAGCGGCGGGCCGCGCUGCCUGUCGAUGAGGAGGAUAGGGCGAAGCUGGCCUUCCAGGAUUUGACGGACAAAGAAAACCCGUACUUCCGUUACGUUUAUUGA